CGGGCCGGGCAUGGCGGAGCGGCGGCAGCGGGCCCGGGUGCAGGGGGGCUGGGCCGGCGCUCCGGCCGGGCGGGCCGCAGCACCUAGGGCACCUGUGGCCAGCAGCCUUGCCCCUGCAGGUUCCAGACCAGCAUGGARGCAGAMAGAUCAGCCUCACGCUCRAAAGCAAUUUGUCUUUGAAAAGCCAUCAGAGGUGGAGCGCAGAGUUCCCGAGGCAGGCGUGAUAGACAAGCCUGGUGUAUAUGAGCUGAGCAAGGGACCAACUGGCAUUUCUAGGAUUCAUUUGAUUCCUGGCUUUAUUGACUCAGAACAAGCAGACUGGAUGUUUGAGCAACUCCUCCAAGACRUACCGUGGGGCCAGCGAACUCACAUCAGACAAGAAACAUCUUUUGAGGAACCACGGCUUACAUCCUGGUAUGGAGAACUUCCUUAUACAUACUCCAGGAUAACAAUGCAGCCAAAUUCAAAUUGGCAUCCUGUGCUGACCAUGCUGAAGGAGCGCAUUGAAGAGCUCACUGGCUACACCUUCAACUCUCUUCUCUGCAACCUCUACCGAAAUGAGAAGGACAGUGUGGACUGGCACAGUGAUGAUGAGCCAUCACUGGGAAAAAAUCCYGUCAUUGCCUCACUCAGUUUUGGUGCUACUCGGAUCUUUGAGAUGAGGAAGAAACCUUCCCCUGAGGAGAAUGGAGACUAUACUUACGUAGAAAGACUUAGAAUCCCACUUGAUCAUGGGACUCUGUUGAUGAUGGAAGGAGCUACUCAGGAGGACUGGCAGCAUCGAGUGCCUAAGGAAUAUCAUUCUAGAGACGAACGGAUAAACUUGACAUUUAGGAUGAUUUAUCCAGAACCUGAUGGAGUUUGGAAGUGAAGAGCCACUUUGGACAUUGGUAGAUAUACGCCUGUAGCAGAUUUAGAGCCUCAGAUUGCUACAGAUUUAAAGGAAGCCUUACAGGAACAGAGUUCCUUGAAAUGAUGGGGAAGACAGUUGAUAUUAUGAAGAUCUUUGGCAAUCAGAAGCUGCCUGUAUUAUGUGGACAGAAAUUAUAUGUUAUUAGAYGAUAACUAAAUCACAGGCUUUACGUUUGUGAACAAAGAGAACACAAAGCAUGUGAAAGGUUUGAGAGGUCCCAAUUGGAGCAGACAGAUUCAGUGAGCAGAUGGUUUUGUGCCUUGUCUCUCCUUUACUCCCAAGUCGUGAUCUCUGUUGGACGUAAUGACAAGAUGGGRUUCUUUGAUGUAAAGCCAGCUCUGUGUGUCUGUACAGAAAUGAGAAAGCUACACUUGGUGAUGAUCUCUGGGUAUUACUCAUUACUCUAAAGGGUAGUGCAUUGCUUUUUAUCUGUAGGUUGCAGGGUCUUUUCCAAUUAAGCAGUUUCAUAAUUUAAAUAACUACUUGAACUGUACUGAUGUCUAGUGGACAGAGGCUUAAGGCUCUCUUUUGACAUGUUCUCUCUAGUCAGACUUUAUCCUGUUUAUCCAUGUAGACAGGACAAGGCCAAAGCAAUCAACAGAGAUACCUGAUGAGCCUGCUUCUGGGUCAGUGCAUAUUGCAUUAAAGAAUGCUACUAAAGAACUACUCAGAGGGUUAUCUCUUGAACCUCUGCUGUCAYGGAUCAGCAGUCGGCACCUCAGACCUAGUUCCAGUUGACUUGCUGGAGUCCUUCAAGCUUUCCUGCURCAACUCAGCUGCUGCAGUCUGGAUGUUAAGUCAGGAGUGCUGCMUGUGAGGUUGAGUUCUCACUGCAGCUAAAUAUCAUCAGUGUAUUGGAUCAAAUCAUGGGUUUGGUCCAUCUUCCCUGUCUGCCUGCAGUAGAAUCUAAGCAMAGGUAAAUACCCUAUGCCUUGUAACACGUUAGUGUUGUUAAGCAAGUUAAUGUCCCUCUUCACUGUCAGAAUUAACCGGUGUUGAGAAAAUUUCUGUCUUCCCUUAGCCACCAUUUGUUGUGGUUUAAAUUCUUACUUGAUGAGAGCAGUCAAGUUAUUAAUACUCAGUUAUGCCCGUGUUUUAAUGUUAUUGAUGACAUAAAGGACAUAAAUGYUGAGCCAUUUCAGUCCCUGUGGUCUGAAAUUAGGCAGAAUAAUUUCCUAGAAGCCGCUUCGCUACCUAAGUCACCAUACAUUAUUUUUCUAAAGUGAAUGAAUGUUAUUAUAAAACUUAAAUUUGUUAUCUGGUAUCUUCACUUUUGUAYAGAAAUGUAUAUUUUAUGUUAUUUCCUUGUAUUUGAAUCUUUUAUCUAGGCUCUGAGAUGUAUUUCCUGGAAACCAGAGUUGAAGUAGGCAGACACUUACUUUCAUGUUUACAUUCUUUGGGUCAGUGGAGCUUUUUUGUGCACAUCCCUUGUAUGUGUGUCCAGGUUUGGCAGUCU